GAUGUAAACAUUGGGAGAUCAGUGCAGACGUUUUCGGCGAGCCUUCCUGCAGCUGAAAAUCUUUCCUGAAUUUGCGUGAUAUGACUGUAAAAGCUAAUGAAGGGUCGAAGAGAGAUCACUCUAAGUCCUACAAUGAUCAUUCUAACAAGAGGUCGGUUGACAACAAGCAGAAUGCAAAAACUAAAAAGGAGAAAACUACGGCGCCGCUCACGAAGGUGGUUGUGCGUCGCCUUCCCCCAGCCAUGACAGAAGAGGAGUUUUUGGAAGUGGUAUCGCCAUUGCCAGACCACGAUUACUUUAUGUUCUCCUUCACGGAUAGCAGCCUUGGAGCUCAUGCGUACAAUAGGGCAUACAUCAACUUCAAGAACGUAGAUGAUGUGUAUACGUUUAGGGAUAGAUUUGAUGGCUAUGUCUUUGUUGAUCAGAAGGGAGAUGAGUAUCCGGCCAUGGUGGAAUUCGCCCCUUUCCAAAAGAUUCCGAAACGCUCGUGCGGAAAGAAGAAGGAUGCGAGGUGUGGGACUAUAGACGAGGACCCGGAUUUCUUGGCGUUUAUGGAAUCGCUGACCAAUCCCACACCGGUAACGCUGCCUAAUUUGGAGGCGGUGUUGGAGGAGAUCCAGGCGUACGACAGGGAGUUGAAGUCCAACAAUGGUGUCAUGAAAGUGAAGACCCCCUUGCUGGAAUUCAUUGAGCAGAAGAAGGCGGAAAAGUUACGAAACAAAGAGGAGAAGAAAGAGGAGCGUAGAAGGAAGGAAUUUGAAAGGAAGAAGGCGAGGGAGGAAGAGAAGAGAAAGAAAAAAGAGGGGAAGGAGCACCACAGGGAAAUGAAGAAGAGGGAGGAUCACAAAGAUUCGAAAGACCACAGAGACGACAGCUGUGUCAAGGUGCUGAGACCAGAGAGGGGAAAGGAUGAACAUGCACCAGAGGGCAAACAAGAGAAGUCACGCAUGGAACGAGAUAAAGAGAGGGCAGAGAGGGAAAAGGAGAAGCAGAGAAGAAGGGAUGAAGAUAGACAAAGACAGCGGGAAAGAGAAAGAGAGAAGAGAGAGAAGGAGAGGAUGUUGAGAAAAGAGAGAGAAAAAGAAGAAAGAAUAAGAAGACAGGAAGAAAGAAUGAAAAUAAAAGAAGAAGAAAUGGCCAGGCAUAAAGAAGAUGGGAAGGAUGACUGGACCGAAGACAAGCCGCACGUAAGCAAGACCGAAGGAACGAGGUCCAAACGCUACAGCGAAGGGAGAAGAAAAGAAGAGAGAGAGAGGGAGAGGAAGUUCAAAGAGCAGAACGACAGGGAGAAGAAAGCAAAAGAUAGUGUCGACACUGAAGUUAAGAGUCAAACAGAAGAGAAGGAUGGUAAGAAGGUGGUUGUUGCAACCAAAGCUCAGGAAGAGCAGGGGCAGUCCUCAGAAAAAUGUGAAGAGAAAAAAGUUGGAAAGAUGGUGGAUAAACAAGAGGACGUGGAGCGACAGGUAGAAAAGCAGCCACGCAAAAGAAGGGAGAAGGACCCCAGGGUUGAGAGAAGGAUAAGAAAUAAGGAUCGACCAGCCAUGGCACUAUAUAGGCCUGGGCAAUCGCGAUUGAGCUCAGGCCACUCAAGAUCUGAGAAGGAGGAAGGAGGCGACACUUGUUCAUCUAGUCCAAGCCCAAUCAUGCUGCAGGGAGAUUCAAAUGUGUUCUUUGGCCAAGGAAGCAAGGACGUACCUGAGGAGCCAAGAAUACAAGAGGAUUUGGAUGGGGUGAAGAAUGAGGUUAAUGGGGAGUCAAAUUUGUAAUGUCUGGGUAUUUUGUAGGACUGUAGCGAUCUGCAUGGGUGUAGUAUUCUGUGCAUCACGUAUUGAGUUUAGGAGUAGUCUCUUUUCCGUGACCUUCAUGUAAUUUGUGGUAAAUAGACAUUUUGGUUCAAAGGUAGCACAAUUUUCUUUAUAUUAAAUCUCGUAUUUGUACAAUUUCUAACUUUCUUGGGACUUGUCCUGUCUUGGAAUGACCAUUUAAAUAAUUCAUCUUGGGGGAGGGUGGGAAAAUGAGAGAAUCCAGAAUGGGAAAUUGUAGUUACGGGAAAUUGAAUACUAAAGUGGGCCAAGAGACAGUCAGAAUAAGUAUUCCACUACAUUCACUUGGAUUGACUUUUACUGUAUAACAGUAGAAGGAAGUAUUUUAUUCGUAAGGUAUUAUGUGUGAAUUGGUAUUCCAUGAAAAAGUAUUAGGAAUGGAAAAAAUAUCUCAUUAUUAUAGAUGGUAUUUAACAAGGUGUAAAGUGGCAUUAAAAAUUUAAUUUAUUGGUCCAUUGUGGCAGGCUAUUUGUCCAGCUGUGAUGUAUUUUAAAUAGCAUAUAUUGAAAAAGUUACUUUGUAAUAAGUUAAGUAAUUGUAAAUGGUUAAUAUUUAUUUUAUUUUAUACUUGACCUUACUGAUAUUUUUCAUUGCUUGAAUGUAGAUCUGCUAGUUCAGAAGGUCUGGGUAUCACCACCCAGACAUAGCACAGCAACUUUCUAGCUCAAAAAUGCAUUUUCUUCAUGACUUUUGACUUGACUUCAGGAAAUAAAUGUUUGGCAGUAAAAAAAACAAGAUCUUGUAUUUAUUUUAUGUGAUGUAACAUAAUUGCCUUUCACACGGUGUAUUGCCACAGCCAUUGUUGUGAGAACUAUACUUUCUGUAUUGAAACCGUUGUCUAAUAUUUUUAACAAGGUAGAUAUUGUCAUCGAUGUCUUUGUUGCCAUUGCUUGACACUACUUUAUACAUUUCUCCAUUUAAUGAGAGUGGAACUUAAGGAGGAGCAGACGAGGAGGAAGAAGAAGAAGAAAAGGAAGAAGAAGAAGAAGAAAAAAGAAACAACAAGGAGAAGGUGAAGAAGCGGAAGAGAAACAAGGAGCAAAAAUCUUAAAAUGGUACAAAAAAAGAAGGAAGAAAAGAACAGAAUCAAAUAGAAUUGUUACAGUUGUUACUUUGUUGCUAGCUUAAUGCAAGAUAACUCCAAUGCCGAUUCAUUUCAGGUGGAUAAACGUUUCAAAGAAGUUAGGGAUGGGAUUGUUGGCUGUGACGAUGCGCAACAGACCGUGAUUUCCUCUUAGGCUUAUUCUUAUCAGUCAAAGGGGAAAGUCUCGGUCCAAAGCCGGUUGUAGGUCACAACAGAAAAGAGUACGUCAUAAGGGAUUAGAUUCUCCGGUGUGUGGGUGGAAGUGUCAAUGGUGUUUUUGUGACUUGGUUUUUCGAUUACUUACUUUGUUGCGAGUUUUUUUUUUUUAUGUUGAUUGAUUUGUUUUGUUGGUCUUGUUUUCUUCUCUUUAUUUGCUUCUUUUUCUCUGUCUCUCUUGUCUUUUCUUCUCCUUAUUUGUUUCUCUCUUUUUCUGUCUAAUUUCCUUCCUUCCCUCCUUCUAUCCUUUUUUACCUCUUACCUUCCUUCCUUUCUUUCUUCCUUCUGUUCUUCAUUUCUUUCAUUCUCUCUUUCUUUUUUCUCUCUCGUUUCUGGAUUCUUCUCGAUACGACUGCUCAUUUGCAAUGAUGUGCUGUUGCAUAGAUUUUGUUUUGGAAAUAUUGGAUUUCUCAAUUUAAUUUUUUUGUUUGUUCGUUUGUUUCUUUUUUUUUUCUUUUUAUGCUAUAAAUAGAGCACAAACUUAGAUAGAUUUGUACUCUAUACUUCCUAUGGAAAGUUUUAAAGCAUCUACUUCAUACAGUUAGUAAUAUAAUGGUUCCCGUGGCAUUGCAUUCUUAUUUAUCUCUUGAUAUCUUAAGUUUUAUGAUAAUUAUCAAUAUAUAUAUAGACAGUUACUAUAUUUAUAUUUUUGUCACAUUUCAUGCCAAUUAUCUCUAGUUGCAAACAGUAUUAAGUGAAUAGAAAUUUAUGUCACUUGACAUAUUAAAUUGUCCCCAGUUUUAUAUUUAAAAAAAACAUACAUUCAAAUAUAUGUGUGUGUGUGUGAUGUAGGUAUGUAUGAUGUAUGUGUAUAUAUAUAUAUAUAUAUAUAUAUAUGUAAGUAAGAGGUUUUAUAUCGAUUAUGAUGACCACAUGUACUGGUCUCUGCAGAUAUUAUAAAUGUUCCAUGUUAAGAUGUACCACAUGGUUAAAGAAUACUGCAAAAUAGAGUGAUAUGUACUAGAAAUAGAAAUGAAAGUUAGGGCCUAGUCAUGAAAGUAAUCUCUUGGAAAAGGCAUGAGGCAGAAUAAUGAAUGACUCCACAAAGCCAGGGACAUAGUUGACAUGUUUCAGUGCUGUAUCAUCUUCAAAAUUAGAGACUGAAG